CCCCGUUACCGGAAGCAUCCAUUUGACGUCACGAGAGUUUACGUAUCGCACGAGGAGAGGGAGUUAGCAGACGGUCCCUGACUGCGUCCUGCCGUCCGGGACCGCGGAAGAGGCUCUGGAGGGCGGCCGGGAUGCCUCGCCCGCAGCGGGUCAGUCAGCUCCUGGAUCUAUGCCUUUGGUGCUUCAUGAAGAAUAUCUCUAGGUAUAUCACAGACAUUAAGCCUUUGCCUCCCAACAUAAAGGAUAGACUCAUCAAGAUAAUGAGCAUGCAAGGAAGGAUAACAGAUUCUAAUAUAAGUGAGAUUUUACAUCCUGAAGUUCAAACUUUAGAUCUACAGAGCUGUGAUAUUUCAGAUACUGCCCUCCUGCACCUGUGUAAUUGUAGAAAACUAAAGAAAUUAAAUUUAAAUUCUUCAAAAGAAAGUAGAAUUUCUAUAACUUCAGAAGGAAUAAAAGCUGUGGCUUCAUCUUGUUUAUACCUGCAUGAAGCAUUUUUGAAAAGAUGCUGCAAUCUCACUGAUGAAGGAGUCCUCGCUCUUGCACUCAAUUGCCGUCUGCUAAAGGUCAUUGAUUUAGGUGGCUGCUUAGGGAUUACUGAUGUGUCCUUACAUGCGUUAGGAGAAAACUGCCUCUUUUUGCAGUGUGUUGACUUUUCAGCUACCCAGGUAUCUGACAAUGGUGUGAUUGCACUUGUUAGUGGGCCUUGUUCUAAGAAAUUAGAGCAAAUUCAUAUGGGACAUUGUGUGAAUCUGACUGAUGAGGCUGUGGAAGCUAUCCUUACAUGCUGUCCUCAGAUAUGUAUAUUACUCUUCCAUGGAUGCCCUCUGAUAACAGAUCAUUCAAGAGAAGUCUUGGAACAAUUAGUAGGCCCAAACAAACUAAAGCAAGUGACAUGGACUGUUUAUUGA